GGGGGCGGGACCACGCCUAGGUGACGUGUCAGCCUCUGGUCUUGGGUCCCGUUUCUCUGGCUGAGUCCCGGGGGAAGAAGCUGUAUCAGCCCGGGCAGCGGAGGCGGCGGCAGUAGGCAGCGGCGCGGAGAUUUCUUCUCCCAUUCUCCUUUUGACGUGUACAAUGCAAAAACGUAGAGCUCGGAGUGACAGCCCCAGCAUCCAAAGGGCCGCCUGUGUGACCCGGUCCGAGGUUAUGCGUCUAAAUGAACACGAGGAAACGCUACGGGUCUAAGAACACGGAUCAGGGAGUCUACCUGGGUCUCUCAAAGACACAGGUGCUGCCUCCUGCAGCAGCUGGCAGUGGCCUCAGCGGCAGUGUCCCCACCACCACCUCCCCUUCACCGGGUCUCCCUCCUGACACCAUGUCCUGUCGAGACCGAACUCAGGAGUUCCUGUCUGCCUGCAAGUCCCUGCAGAGCCGCCAGAACGGACUCCAGACAAACAAGACAACAGCCUUGAGUGCUGUCCGGCAGCGCAGUGAGUUCACCCUGAUGGCCAAGCGCAUCGGGAAGGACCUGAGCAAUACGUUUGCCAAGCUGGAGAAGCUGACAAUCUUGGCCAAGAGGAAGUCCCUCUUCGAUGAUAAGGCUGUGGAGAUCGAGGAGCUGACUUACAUCAUCAAACAGGAUAUCAACAGUCUCAACAAGCAGAUCGCACAACUGCAGGAUUUUGUCAGGGCCAAGGGGAGCCAGAGCGGGCGGCACCUGCAGACCCACUCCAACACCGUUGUGGUCUCCUUGCAGUCCAAGCUGGCCUCCAUGUCCAGUGACUUCAAAUCUGUAUUAGAAGUGAGGACAGAGAACCUGAAGCAGCAGAGGAGCCGCCGGGAGCAGUUUUCCCGCCCGUCUGUGGCUGCUCUGCCACUUGCCCCCAACCACCUGGGGGGUGGGGCCGCGGUGUUAGGAGCAGAGCCCAGGGCCCCAGGCGAUGUGGCCAUUGACAUGAUGGACUCCCGGACCAGCCAGCAGCUACAGCUUAUUGAUGAGCGGGAUUCCUACAUCCAGAGCAGGGCAGAUACCAUGCAGAACAUUGAGUCCACCAUCGUGGAGCUGGGGUCCAUCUUCCAGCAGCUGGCACACAUGGUCAAGGAGCAGGAGGAGACCAUCCAGCGGAUCGAUGAGAACGUGCUGGGAGCACAGCUUGACGUGGAGGCUGCCCAUUCAGAGAUCCUCAAGUAUUUCCAGUCUGUCACUUCCAACCGCUGGCUCAUGGUCAAAAUCUUCCUCAUCCUCAUCGUUUUCUUCAUCAUCUUCGUGGUCUUCCUCGCCUGAGGCUUCCCUGGG